AUGGCCCAAAGAUGGUUCCACAACUUGAAAAGCAGCUCCCUUUACUCUUACGGGGACUUAUACCUCAUGUUUAUGCGACAGUUUGCUAGUUCCAAGAGAAUGGGAAAGACUGCUAUAUCUCUGAUGGAUGUCAAACAGGAACCGCAAGAAUCAUUAAGGGAGUAUGUGGCCAGGUUCAACAUGGCCGUGCUAGUUACACCAGAGGCAGAAUCACAAAUCAAGUGUUACGCGUUCGUCCGAGGAUUAAAACAAGGCCCCCUUUUCGACGCAUUACAAAUUACACCGCCUAAGGAAUUUGACAACAUCAUGGCCAUACUACCAGGAUACCUACAAUUGGAGGACGCUAAGGCCGCACGAAGGGCCGAAGCUGAUAAACUCCGCGUGAAGAAAGGCGACAACGGGACGCAUCCCAGCGAUAAACACUCUCAGAGAACACCAUACAAGGGCCUACCGCCAAGAAUACCAGCCAUGGCAGUCAAGACCAGGUCUCCUUCCCCAGGACCUGCGCAGACUGAUCGGCGCAACAAAGGCGGUGAUACACAGGAACGCCACCCGUUGAACAGGCCUGCUGACGAAAUCUUCCAUCUUGUCAAAGAUGAAACUUGGUUCCGAGCCCCGUGA